AUGUCAACAAAGCUCGUCGCUAAUUUUGUGGUGUUCGUGCUUUUAAUAAAUAACCUACUAUGUCACAGAUCAAAUGCAUGUUCGUUAUCGGGAUAUUUACACUGUAUUUUGUCUUUUAAAUGUUGCCCAGUAUGUUUUGAAAAGGUCUCUAGAGGACUGGGUGCGUACGGCCGGUACGCUUCAAACAGUCCAUCCAGUCAACAGAUCUGCAACAGCAACAAAGAAUACAUUCUAAACAAAUCAGAUUGCCCAUUAUAUGUGGACUUUCGGCAAUGGUUACCGAAACUGACACAGAAAUUUAUAAAUAUUUUCCCCAUUGAUUCAGAGAUACGGAAUCACGUCAGAACGGUUAAUAAUGCAUUGUUUUCAAUUGUACAACCGGUUUCUUUUAAAAACCAGGUUAGAUUAGUGAUAGCUGCUGACGAUGUACUGUCAGACUGUCUUGAUUUAGGUUUUCAAGUAACACAGUCAGCUUUAUUUAUUGACUUUAUUAGUGGGAAUGCCAGAAGUGGUCUGUUUUCACAUACACUAGCUCAUCGGUACGGUGGCCACCAGUUUGGCUUCUGGGCGGGUCAGCUAGGGGAUGGAAGAGCUGUCCUACUGGGAGAGGUGAUCAACAGAUUUGGAGAAAGAUGGGAGCUACAGCUGAAAGGAUCGGGCACCACACCUUAUUCGAGAAGUGGUGAUGGUCGUGCAGUUCUUCGGUCAUCUGUGCGGGAGUUUUUGGCUAGCGAGGCCAUGCAUUAUUUGGGUGUCCCAACCUCUCGUGCGGCUUCACUGGUAGUCAGCGAUGAUACUGUUAUCAGAGACCAGUUUUACAAUGGUCAUCCUAAACCAGAACGAGGAGCUAUUAUUUUACGACUGGCGCCUUCUUGGUUCCGAAUAGGAUCACUAGAAAUUCUCUCUCGUGCUGGAGAAAUUGAUUUAUUAAAGUCCUUGUUAAAUUUUAUCAUUGGGACUCAUUUUCCAAGCAUAAAUCCUGGCGACACAAACAAAUAUCUGAUGUUGUUUGAUGAAAUUGUAAGCAGCACAGCUAAACUGAUUGCCAAGUGGCAAAGUGUUGGUUUCACACAUGGUGUAUGUAACACGGAUAAUUUUAGUUUGUUGUCCAUUACUAUUGACUAUGGUCCAUUUGGAUUUAUGGAAAGUUAUCAUCCUGGCUAUGUUCCCAGUACUUCAGAUGAUGACAAUAGGUACAGUUACAAAAAUCAGCCAAAUAUAGGUUUAUACAACCUGGAAAAGCUGAAAUUAGCGCUUGAUUCUGUUUUUAAUCACAGUAUGUCCCACACAGCACAGUUGAUUUUGAAUGGCUAUAGACAUAAGUAUAAUAGAUAUUUUAUGCAGUUUUUUGCAGAUAAAUUAGGGUUCCUGUCUGUGAGACAGCAAGAUGAAGACUUGAUUGCCAUGUUUCUGAGAAUGAUGGAAGAAUGUCGAGCUGAUUUUACCAUGUCAUUCCGUAGCCUUAGUGAAAUACCAUUUCAUGAUCUUAUGAAUGGAAAUAUUGCUGAUGACCACUGGUCAUUUCUGUGCCUAAAGAACCAUUCUUUAUUCAAAACAUUUAUUGUUGCAUAUAAAGAUAGACUUCAGUUGGAUGAUGUUUCUGAUUUGGAACGCCAGGCUAGGAUGAAGAAAUGUAAUCCCAGGUAUAUUUUAAGAAAUUGGAUGGCACAGAAUGCAAUAGCCAAAGCAGAAAGAAAUGAUUUCUCUGAGGUACAGAAGUUGUAUCAAAUUUUAAAGCAGCCAUAUAUCACACAAGAUGAACCAGAAACUGCUGGUUUUGCCAGUGAACCACCUGAAUGGGCACCAUCUAUCAAAGUUAGCUGCUCUUCAUAG